GUCGGGUUAGUCAGAUUGCGACGGCCUAAGGGAAAAGCUGUCGGGCGAUGAAUCCAGUCACCAGCAGCAGUGUGGCUGAGCUGGCCCAGAAUGGUGAGGGCUUCGAGACGGAUGCCUCCAAGGUGGCGGAGCAUCAGGAGUACGCCGAUGCCCUGUCAAUGUCCGGCCGAGGUCGAAAACGGAUAUGGAGCAGAAGGUCCUGCGAUGUCCGGAAAGUCAUAAGUGUGGGCGCCAUUUUUAUCGCCUUGCUGCUCGUCAUCGGCGCCAUUUACAUGCACUUAAAUCAGAAGCAUCGCCUGGGCCGACUGAACAUCCCGCCCAAGAAGAACGAGGACCUCAAUGUGGUCACCGCUGCAGGAGUGGCUGCCCAGACGAUAACAACAUUCCAGCCAUCCACAUCGCAGCCGAGCGCCGAGUGCCUGGCCUGCAUAGCCACCACUGCCACGAAUAAUGUUCCUGCAACCUGCACGAAUCGAGGAAGGGGCAAGGAGCCAUGCGGCAUUUAUCGCAUCUCCUACGACUACUGGCAGGACACACUGGGGUUAAUUCACCCGGAGGACUCACUCGCACAGGACUACAAGGAAUGCGUGGUGGAUAGGGAGUGCGCCGAGAGAAUUGUGCGUAGCUAUGUGGAGCGUUAUGACUGGGAUUGCAACGGAGACGGAAGGAUCGAGUGUCGGGAUCAUGUGAUCCUGCACAUGCGAGGACCCGGAGGCUGUCGCCGGCGAGAGUCCCUGGAGGACGAGCAUAAAUCUCGCAUGGAAAAGUGUUUCAAAUACAUGGAUAUUAUAUAGCACCGA